AUGUGGACAUUUGUUUUAUAGAUCUUAAACCUUUUAAUGGAAGUCUUUAACUCUGGAGUUUAUUCAAAAUGUGUUCAACUCCUGGACUGCCGACACCAGGUUCCAGUGUCACUGUUAAUUUUACAAGGAUCAAUCUACAUCCAUAUUCUGUUCUAGUGGAGCUAUGGGGCCAAUUUGAUCAGGAGAGAAAAGUAGAAUACCAGCGUUUAAGAAGAGAAAUUCAAACUUUCCCAAAGACAAGGUUUGGUGAUGCAGAAGGAAGUCCUGGGGACUUGUGUCUGGUGCAGAUAAUUGAAACGUGGUACAGAGCAAGGAUUCUUGUUCGUAAAGGAAGGGAUUAUCAUGUUUUUCUCAUUGAUGAAGGACGAACCCUGAAUGUCUGUGCUUAUAAUUUAGCUCAUGGGCGGAAUUACUUUUUUCACCUUCCUCCUGAAGUGGAAUUCUGUGUUCUUGCUAAUGUGGUGCCACUUUCCACAGAGAAUAAAUGGUCCCCUAUGGCUUUAGAGUUUAUGAAGUGUCUCGGUGGUAGAACAUUUGAAGGCAGCGUUCAGGAUGUGUUAAUGCCACACAGGACUUUCCUCCUUGAUGUGCCCUGUGUAUCCAAACAGAUGUUUGAAAUGGGAUUUGCUAAAAGGUUGUCUAGUAAAACUUUUAAGUUCUUUGUUGAAAGAUCAAUGCAGUCAAUGACUGCUGCUUUAUCCGAUCAAGAAUCUCAGAAGCUUUCCCCGUCCGUCAGAUGUGAAGUUGUGGAGACUGGAGAUGUUCAUGAGAAUGACAUUGGAAUCAGUCAAGAUUAUUUUUAUCCGCAGCUGCAAACUGAAGUUACAGAGGCGGUAGUUGUCACAGAAUUCCUUAGUCCUUUAAGAUUCUUUUGCCAGCUGAGAGUUUUUUCUCAAGAACUGAAGAAAUUAACAGAGCAUAUGAGUCAGUUUUAUGAAGGAAGAUCUGGCUUUGAGAAGACUAGACCUGAAGUUCUGGGAUCUCCGUGUGCAGCUAGAGGAAAAGAUGGCAGGUGGUACAGAUCUAUUGUGCAGCAGGUCUUGUCCAGCAAGAAUGUUGAAGUGUUGCAUGUAGAUUAUGGGAAGAAAGAAUUAAUUCCUAUUGGUAGCAUCAGAAAUUUGGCUGCUGAAUACUUCAGAAUGCCUGUUAUCACUUAUUUGUGUUCCUUGCUUGGCAUAUCGGAUCAUGGAGUUGGAUGGCCAGCUGCCCAGAUAGAGCAUCUGAAAUCUCUUAUUCUACACAGAGUUGUAAAUGCCAAGUUUGAGUAUCACAGUUACUCAGAGGGUGUUUACUAUGUUACUCUCUAUGGCGAUGAAAGUGUAAACAUAAAUAGCGUGUUUGGCAUGAGAGAGCAGUGCUUCUCAGAAACAAAGGAGAAUCCUCUUCAAGGUCAGAUUACCAGAGAAACAUUUGGUCGGCAACCUCAAGCAUUAGGUCAAAGUGAUAAUCUGGCUUCUGCAGUGCACAGCACUUCAGUGGCAAAUAUGUACAUUAAGACAGAAACCCUUGGACUAGGCUGUUUCUAUGAUGCAGUUGUUGAGUUUGUGACUGACCCUUCGGAAUUUUGGAUUCGGACGCAGGACUAUGCAAUUAAGUUUGACCAAAUGAUGUGUAGCAUUCGAGAGGUUUAUACCAAGGCAACUCAACUGGAAGGCACUGUCAGAACCCCUAAAACAGGACUGUAUUGUAUUGCUAAAGCCAAAGAUGGCUUGUAUUACAGGGCCAUCAUCCGUGAAUUGCAUGGGCAACAGAUUAAGGUCUAUUUUGUAGAUUAUGGAAAUACAGAAAUUGUUGACCAGUAUGAUUUGAAAAUUCUUCAUUCCAAAUAUCAAGAGUUGCCUGCUCUAGCAAUGAAAUGUCGUCUUUCAGGUAUCCAACCCAUAGGAGGAAAAUGGAGUAAAAAUGCAAUUGCUUACUUCAUAAAUAGCGUUGCUGACAAGGUACUUAUGAUUCACGUAUCUGCAAAACAUCAAGACGGGUAUACAAUUGAAUUAAUGGAUAGAUCUGUUGAUGGAGAAAAAUGUGUAAAUAAGCUGAUGUGUAGUGCUGGAUAUGCAGAGUAUGAAGAAAGUGAGAAAUCGGUAGCCAAAUUUACAAGAGUUGCACCGCCUUGCCUCGUAAUGCCAACUCAAAGUGAGAAAUCGGUUAAUUUACAUACUAGAACAGACCCCAGUAAACUUGCCAGAGGCCCUCCUGUGUCAAGCAGCAUUCCUGCAAGUGGCUGUGAAACAAGGUCUUUCUUCAAAGAGACUUUGUUUCCAAUAGGAAGUGCAGUAGAAGUGAAUGUGUCAUAUAUUGAAAGUCCAAAUGACUUCUGGUGCCAAUUGUCUGAAAGUGCAGGAAAUCUUGAAUCGCUUAUGGAGGAAAUUCAAGAGUAUUAUACGACUUGCCCAGACCCUUACAAGCCUGGUGAAGUAGCCUGCAUUGCUCGGUAUGCUCAAGAUGGAAGGUGGUACAGAGCAUUAAUUAUCAGGAAUAUUCCCUCCUCCCUGGAAGUUGAUGUUUUACAUAUAGAUUUUGGCAAUACAGAGAAGGUAUCCUUGAAGGACUUGCGUGCCAUAAAUCCAGCAUUUCUUCGGUUGAAAGGUCAGGCUUUUAGGUGUAGCCUGUACAACUUGAUUCAGCCUGUUGCACAGGAUCCUUUACACUGGAAUGAAAGAGCAGUAUCUCAGUUUCAAGAGUUUGUCGAUAAUGCUGCUGCAGCCCGUCUGGCAUUGAAGUGCACUAUUUAUGCAGUUAUGUAUGACUCAAACAAAGUUGUCUUCAAUGUGGUCGACCUAGAAACACCGUUUCAAAGUAUUUGCAGCUUACUUGUUCAGAAGGGAUUUGCUCAGCGUGCACCUCUAAAAAAAGCCCCACAGCCUCCAUUUCAUCUCGACACCUACUACUAUUCAACGCACAAUAUAAAAACGGGUGGAGAAGAAGAGAUUUUUGUAACACAUAUAAAAAAUGUGGGAAACUUCUAUUGCCAGUUAGGAAGAAAUGCAGACAUAGUUCAUAAACUGGCAGAAAAAGUUAACUAUCUGUGCAAAGAGCUACAGCGCAUAGACUGCCCCAAAACAUUUGGCACAGUGUGCUUUGCAAAAUAUAGUGAUGGGCAUUGGUACAGAGGGCAAAUUAAAUCUGUACAACCGACAAUCCAGGUGUUUUUUGUGGAUUAUGGAGACACACAGAUGGUGGAAAAAUCAGAUUUGCUUCCUAUUCCGAUUGAAGCUAGUGACAUUAUGUCUGUGCCUGUCCAAGCUGUUAUGUGUUGCUUAUCUGAUGUCCCAGCCGAUGUACCUAGAAAAGUAAAUGAAUGGUUUGAAAAUGCAGUCUUUGGCAAGACCUUGAAAGCUCUAGUAGUAGCAAAAGAGUCAGAUGGAAAGCUGAUUGUUGAAUUGUAUAAUGAGAAUACCCAGAUCAAUGCAAAUAUCAAAGCAGAACUUGCUUCCUUUGAAGGAGUGGAAACAACAUUUAAGAAGGCACAAGAACCAACUCCAAUGAGGAAAGAAACUACACCAACUUUUAAGAGCAGGGAUGAAUAUAAAGCAAGAUUGUCUUCCCAAACAAGAGAAACUAAACCAUUUCGUGGCGAUUCAGGAAUUGCAAAAAAGCAGCAGAUUUCCUCUCCCAAAUUUGAACACAGUAAGAAAGUUGCUCCAUCUAAACAGAUGGAUAAAAGUCCUUCAGGUGGACCUGCACCUACACAUGACUGGGAAGUUUGCAGUUUAAAAGAAAGUGGUGUGGGAAAAGUGAAAACAGGGGUGCUCUCUUUACCUAAUCUUGGAGACCUCCCCCCAAAAUGCAUAGCACCUGGUGAAGUAAAGGAAGUGUAUGUUUCACAUUCAAAUUGCCCAUCUAGUUUUUUUGUCCAGUUGGUACAAGAAGAAGGUGAAAUAUAUUCUGUUGUGGAAAAACUAAAUGCUGAUCAAAUGGUUGCUACAAACCUUGAUGCCGACAGUUUACAGCCAGAUGAUUUAGUGUGUGCAGAGUUUCCAGAUGAUGGUUCCUGGUACCGUGCUGUUUUAAAAAACAAACUUGAAGAUGGCACGCUGAAUGUAGAAUUUUUAGACUUUGGAAAUACAGCUACAAUUGAUGCCACAAAGGUUCGUCCACUACCCCAAGAAUUCAUAAAGAUCCCAAGGCUAAGCAUUCAUUGUUUGCUCACUGGUGUGGAAAGUGCCAAUACUGAUGGUGAGUGGGGGCAAGAUUCUGUGAUGCAAUUCAAAAAGGCAACUGGUGAAAAUGAAGGAAUCAAAAAAUUAACAUGCGAAUUCAUGAAGCAGUCUGGACUGUUGUGGGAGGUUAAUCUACUUGACCAACAGAACAUUGUUGCUGACUAUUUAGUUAGGAGUGGUUUUGCAGCCAGUAGGGGUCUUGCAAAACAGUGUCUACAGAAAGACCCUGAAAUGGAAAAACAUGCAUUGCAAUAUUGCACAUACGAGAUAUCACCUGGACAGACAUUGGAGGCCUAUGCUUCUUCUGUGGUGGGUCCAGAAUAUUUCUGGUGUCAGUCUGCAAAUUCAGAUGUGCUUCAAAGAAUUGAUGAAAUAGCGGAUGCAGCUGGAAACGCGCCAGAAGAGACCGGUGUCUGUGUUGGUUCUCUAUGUCCAGGAAACCCAUGCCUUGCUCUGUUUACAGAAGAUGAACACUGGUAUAGAGCAGAAAUAAAAAGAAUAAAUGGUGAUGUUCUCUCAAUAAUAUUUGUGGACUAUGGUAAUGAAGUUGAUGUAAACCAAGAAUUAGUUAAGUUGCUGCCUGCUGAAUUUUUAAAAAUACCCAGGCAAGCAUUUUUGUGCAUUUUGGAAGGGUUUGAUCUCUCUGCUGGCUUCUGGGAUGUUGGUGCUGCAGACAAGUUUUACGAACUUCUUUCAGACAAACUUUUAAAAGUUUCAGUUUUGAAGUGUGACGAGCAUAACCAUGGAGUUCAUCUAUUUCAUGUCAAAGUAGAGAGUAAUGAAGCAGUGGUAAAUGACGUCAUGAGAAAUUACUGGAAAAUGCACACUGCAGAAAGAAAUGAGCAUGUAAAUACUGAGCAUGAACAGCAGCAACCUAUUGCAGACAUGCUGGUUGCAAAUGAAGGGUGUCCACCUGAAGAAAAGUCUCAAUUGCAGAGAAGGGUCACAGAACUAUUGAGUAAUGCUGAAAAACUUAAGAUUGGCACAGAACAAAGUAUUAAUCUUCCUUCCAAAACGGAAAGCUUUACAGUGGAUGAAACUAGUGGAGACGUAGUUAGAACAACAUAUGACGCUGUUGACCAUGGUCUUCAAGCCUCUGCUCAAAAAUCCCUUCCAUCUAAAGAGAAUUCUUUGUCAACUGUACAAAAAAAUGCAGAACUUUUUAGCGACGCUGGAAAGGUGCAGACGGGCAUGCAUGAAGAAUGUACAGUUGUAGGAAGUGAUUUUUCUCAUUUGCCUUCUGUACAUGAAACUGGAAGCAAUGUUUGUCAGCCCCUAGACGAUGUUCUGAAAACCUUUACAAUGGAAAAGUGUGAAGUUGUGUCAACAGUACAGAGUGCUACCAAAGAGCUUCAAACAGAUAAACAAAGUGUGACUGUUUCUUCAAGCACAGACACCUUUCAAGAUGUAACUGAUGUAAACAAACUCUCAAUAAAAUUAAGUGAUGAAAAAUCAAUCCAUGAUGUCCAGGAUGUUGAGAGAGUGUUCUUUGAAGAAAAUGUUAACAAUUCUUCUAGCGGAGAAAAAACUUGUCCAAGGGAAGAAACCGAAGCCCAAAAAAAUGUUCUGUUUGAAGAGUGUGAGUAUUUGGAAUCGAGUAUUGAUGAACCAAGUGUUAAUAUACUUUCUUCCAAUGGAAGAGAAACUUCUACACAAGAAGAGAACUAUAUGGGCACAAACACAGUUGAAAUAAAUUAUACGGUGGUUAGUCAUCCUGAAUAUGACCAUGUUUUCCAGCACCAUGAAGAUAUUCAAGGAAGUGAUACAAAUGUCAGGGAAACUAGUACAGCCUGCAACAUUCUAAAUCUGUCUCUUGCAGAACAUUCUUGGUGUAGCCUGAAUGACGUAGAUCAACAAUGCUGCAUAGCGGAGGGAAACCUUGAGCCUUUAGUUUCUUACGAUCAAGUAGAAGGUAAUGAUAUUCACGAGGAUGUUCUCGGACAACUAGUGGGUUCAGAUACAGCAGCCAAAGAGGAGAAGGAGGAGGUGGUGGAUAUUUUUGUUAUGAACACAGAGAUCAAAAGUUUGCAAAACCAACAAAGUAAACCUCAAGAAUGUGAACCAGAUUUUAUUGGAUUGAAACUUGAGACUGGAGACGAGCUUGGUGUUGGAUCUGAUUGUGUUGUGUGGUCCUACGUCUACAAAACUUGGUGCAAGGCUCAGAUUCUGAAGGUCUAUGAUGAGACGACAAAGGUAUUGCUAUUGGAAUCUAAUGCUGAAGAUAUAGUGGCCUCACAGAACAUUUUGAAAACUGCACCACCCAGGAGUAUAAAUCAUCCCGCUCAGAUGGCUGUUCAGGUCCCAGGUGCAGCUGCAAAAUGCAGUUCUUCAACUGGUGCAGUCCAGCUAGGUGUGCCUGCAUUGGAUGUGGAAAAAGAAUGUGCAUCAACCCCUGGAUUUGAAGCAUUUUCAAAAGAGCCCCAUUUUGAGGAUGAACCGGUUAAUCGGUUGCUAGAAGACGACAGCUAUGUUGCAGAAACACAUGAGAAUCCUGCAUUGGCUAGAGAUCAGCAGGAGUUGAUCGGCCUUGUGGCUAAAUUACCCUUAAAAGUUGAAGAGGACAGUUCACCUGAGACCCCCCUGGAAAUUACCGACAUGAGAAUGGACUGCACUGAAGAUCCUGAAUUGUUUGUAAUAGAAAAGGCAGAAUUAAUGUAACUGUUUUGCAUAUCCUCUACACCCAUACAUAUAGCACGAUGGAAUAACACCCUACUAUAUGUUUAUAUUGUUGUUUUAAAAGUUAACUACAGUCUGUGUCCCUUGUGCCUUUGUCUCUUAGUUAUUGGAGUCUGUU